AUGGCCCAGCCGACCACUGCGGCGGCGCCGUUCGACAAGCCCUCAGCCAGCAUCAUUCUUCGUACUUCCGACAAUGUCGAUUUCCAUGCCCACAAGGAGGUACUGUCCCUUGCAUCGUCCGUCUUCGAAGACAUGUUCGCUGUGCCACAGCCAAGUGUCGUAGCACCUGAGGACGUACAUGCGGAAACUGGACUUCCUGUAAUAUCCGUCACCGAGACAAGCCAGACUUUGGACACUUUGUUGCGUCUGUGCUACCCGAUGGAUGAUCCGGUCCUGGAUAAUGUGGAUGAUGCAUGGGAGGUAUUGGAAGCUGCGAGGAAGUACCAGAUGGAUGAUGCCAUUGGGACCAAACUCAAGACGGCUCUGGUGGUCUUUGUUUCCAAAUCCCCAAUUCGCGUGUAUGCUAUCGCAUGCAUUUUUCACCUGGAAUCUGAAGCUAGGGCGGCAGCGGACGCGAGUCUGAACAUGCGGACAUUCGAUUAUGAUCCUGCGCUCGACAAGAUAUCUGCGGGAGCAUUCCAUCGUCUCCUUGAAUACCGUCGGAUCUCGACCAAGCAGAAAAUUAUUUCGUUCACCUUCUGCCAGCCUGAGCGACCCACGCUGGAGACGCGGUCACCUUCCGUCUCUUCGAGUCUUUCAUCGUGGCGGGGCCGAACUCCAUUCCAAGUCGAACCUUUACGUCCAGUCUCUGGGGUUCGGCUAGUGCGAGAGCAAAUGCAAAAACAUGCAGUGAAUUCGCAGCUGACUGCCGGUGAUAAUUUCCCAGCUCCCCUUCCCGAGCAGUUUACCCAUGACUACUCUACGACGGCCAACACUAUCCUGCAAUCCUCAGAUGGGAGGGAGUUUUAUGUGCAUGACUAUAUCCUGACGCUGGCCUCACCGACCUUUCGCUGCAUGCUCUCCCAAAACGAAGACGUGAAACCUUCCGAGGAAGGGAGAGCUUGUCGCCGUCUCGUCCUUCCUGAGACGUCUGUCACAUUACUCCAACUCCUACAUUCGUGCUAUCAAACUGGCUUCGUAUCGCGCAUCAACAAUUUUAUGACAGUUCGCGAUCUCUUAAUUGCAGCGAGGAAGUACGAGGUUAAUGAUGCGGUGAGGUAUGCAACGCAGAAAUGGACCCAACUCACUGUAGCAGCUCCCUUGCGGGCAUACUUUAUAGCCAUAGAGCAUGGCUGGAAGGUGGAAGGAAGACAGGCAGCUCUUCACCUCGUUUUCCAGAGAAGGGAUUAUUUUAUACCGGAGAUGGAGACCGCAACAGCGGGGGUGUACCAUCGCGUGCUCUGCUUCCGGCAGCGCGCCCUGGAGUCCCUCCGAGCGGGAUAUUACUAUCACUGGAGCGAUGCACAGUACGACACCUCUACAGGACUGGAUGAUAAUGCCUAUGAGGAUUACAUGCUUGCCUUGGACAACCAGAAAACACCACUUCUUGUUUCUUUUUGCGGAUCGGAGCAUCUCGGAGAAAGUUCUCCGUGUAGGGCUGCUGUACGGAGAGGCCGACAGAUUAUAACGGCUCUCGAAAAGGUCAACUUCUAG